UUAAAAUAUUAAAAGAUGGAAAAUAGGUUGAAUAAAAAACCUGCAUUUUUGGACUUAGACACCAAUGACAAGGACAUCUUGGCCGCAGGAAUGAGUAGGAAAAUAGUCGCAAGGACAAAAUUUGAGAAAUAUAGAAGGAUCAAGCCUCAAACUCUUGCCAAAAUGAUGAAGGAUUAUAAUGAAGAGGAUGACGACAGGCUUUAUGAAGACAGUUAUGGAGGCAUCAUGCUUAAACAGCAUUACAAUCUCUUUGAGGAAGAAAGGAAAGAGGAUGCUAAAUCUGGAUAUGAACAAGAAAGUGUCUACUCAAAUAAAACAACAGAAAGUGUUGCAUCUAUUUUCCAAGCAAAUGCAGAUUUUUAUGAGACAAUGGAGGGAAAGAAAAAUAAUACUUCUAAGUUUGAAGCUUCUUCAGUAGCUCCAACUGAAGAACUGAUGGAAACAACAUCUUCAAUGCUAUUGCUGGACUUGAGAGAUGUUGAAGAUUAUGUGAUGGCUCAUAUUAAAGGAGCCAUAAGCUUUCCUUCUCCAAAUAUUGCUCGUGAUAAAUUUACCAAGAACAUUUGGCAAUAUAAAAAUAAAGAGGAUAAGAUCAUUAUCAUUUAUCAUAAAGAUGAAAAAUGUGUUAUUGAAGCAGCAGAACUUUUGGUUGAAAAGCAUUUUGAGAACAUUUAUAUUAUGAACAACGGAUUUGAAGAGUUUUCUCAAGAAAAUCCACUUUUAAUUGAAGGAAAGAAUGCUCAUUUGAGCAACAAUGUGCAUACUUCGACAUUCAGUUAUAAGAAGCCUGUGAAACCAUUGACAGAGUGACCAUUCUUGUAAAAUCUGGAUCAUGAGAGUUUAAAUUCAAUAA